GUGUGUGUGUGUGUGUGUGUGUGCAUGCGUGUGUUUUUGUGUGUGGACACGUUGCUUAAGUUGAACUGGGCAACUUCCACUCGGUCCUCAUUUACAUGUGAUGAUGUACAGAGAGGUGGCUGUGGCUCAGAGCUAGAGUGGGUUUGUCCACUACUCCAAAAAUCGGCGGUUCAAUCCCCAUCUCCUCCAGUAGAAGUGUGCUUGGGCAAGACACUGAAGGCUUUACCAUCGGGUUGUGAGUGUGUGUGAAUGAUCAGCGAGGCACCCAGCAGCGACUAAAAAAAGAAAUUAGGUCACACCCGUUGGGAAGCCAAGGAGGAAGGAAAGAACUGGGGCUACUCAAGUUGCAUGAUUAAAAGCUGGAAGUCUUUUCACAAGGCCUAACUAAACCCCUGGAAAUGGCAUUUGAACAGGAACUGCUCCAUUCAUUUCUAAAAGUACAUACAAGAACAUAAUGGCGCUCCUCCUGUGGCUUGGCCUGUCAUUGCUGGCAUAUGUCCAUUCCACUGCCGUCAAGAACUGCCACCCUGGUUGCCUCUGUGAGGUGGAAAGUUUCGGCCUGUUCGACAGCUUCAGCCUGACCAGGGUGGAAUGCCGAGGGUUGGGACCCGGCUCCACCAUGCCAAUCCUCAUCCCUCUGGACACUACUCACCUAGAUCUGUCUUCUAACGCCAUGGGCCCACUCAGUGACACCAUGUUAGCUGGUCCAGGAUACACCACCCUGGUUAGCUUGGACCUCAGCAGCAACCAUAUUACAAAGGUAAGCCCCAAUGCUUUUUCCAAGCUGCGUUAUCUGGAGACUCUAGAUCUGAGCCACAACAAUCUGGAGAGCCUCCCCCCUAGCUGCUUCACUGGCCUCCCUCUGACUGAAGUUGACCUCAGUCACAACAGCUUCCAGGAGUUUUACUUGGAUGUGUUUGCUGCUAAAGUUAAUGGUGAACCUGUCCGUGUGGAUCUGUCCUAUAACAAGCUUGUGUCACUCUCCAUGACUUUACAUGGGAAAGUAUUACAUGUUCAAAGCCUAAAUCUGACUGCAAACCGGAUGUCGAGCGUACCAAAUUUGGCAGGACUUCCGCUGAGGUACCUCAAUCUGGAUGGUAAUCCCAUCACAUGCAUCCAGGAGGGAACUUUUGCUCAGCUGAAAGAUCUGGUUUACUUAUCCAUCAGUGGCCUCCAUGAGCUCCAGGAAAUUGAGGCACAGAGCUUCAAAGGCCUCCAGAGCCUCCAAGUCCUGGAUCUCUCCAACAACCCCAAGCUUAGUACGUUGAACCCUGCAGUCUUUAGUGGACUGGAUUCCCUGCAAGAGCUAAAUUUGUCCGGCUCAGGGGUAACAUUCUUACCAAGUAACAUGUUAACAUACCUUCCCAGUAUUAAGAGCAUCACACUGGGACGGAACAUCCGCUGCUGGAGGACCCAGAAACAGGGACAGUUCCACCGGCAGCUGGGGCAGGUCCAACACGAUGAAGUGCUGAACUGUAACGUGGAGGGCAUUGUGUUGUGAACCUGUGCUAAAAGAAAUGGACUACUCCUUACAGUCUUGAUGCCAGAGCUGUGCCUUCUCUGCUUUGAUAUGCAAAACACUUUCUUGUGUUAUCCUGAAUCAAUUACCUCUGUUCCAAGGUUGGAAUAUGUCUUAAUGGUUUAAUGUAGCCUUCAUGAACUCUAACACUAGUAUGAUAAAUGGUGUACCUUUUGAAAACAGUAUCCUACAGAAAAUAGUACAGAAUUGUUCCUUUCACAUAUUAACAUUUAGUCUAAACUGGUAAAAAAAAAAAAAAAACUUUCAUGAAUCAAAAACAUGAAUUAAUGUUUGUAUGUUAAAAUGGGACCAUACCAAGAAUUAUUUGCACUUAUUCCAGUCACACAAGUUAUUUUUAGAAAAAAUGCAUGGCCAAAAUGCCAUCCAGUGUAAAACAAAACCUCCUAUGCAUUACUAAAAAAUAUCCACACUGAAGAAUAUUUUACGACUGUUGACCACUAAGAUUUUUCAUUUGACUUUGAAUGUGAUACUUUAUUUAAAUGAUUAAAUGAAUUGUUUGAUGUCUUGAGAAAUAUAUGUUUGCUUUCUAGCUGGGAGUGAGAUGAGAAGAUUGAUAAUGCACUCAUAUUAAGCCAAGCUAACCAGCUGCUGACUGCAGCUAUAUAGCCUACAGAUGUGAGUGUGUCAAUCUACCUCUAGUGCAAGAAAAUGAAUAAUGGUAUUUCCCAAAAUAGUGGUUUAUUCAUACCAUGAAGCAUACAAUGGAAACUUACAGUAGACUUGUUAGAAAGUGUAACUAAACCUUGUUGAGUGUAAAGAUAUUUUCUUGUUACACUUACAAAAUGACCAUUUUAUUACUUGAAUUUACUUCAGCAGAUGCCAGCUCAAACCUGAGAGCCUGUUUAUUGCGCUCUCUUCAUAAUGACACUUUAUCUUGGUGCACGGCCUUUGCAAAUUGGGUGCAUGCAACCUUUGACGCGGUGCUCGCUGACCUGUCCUUUGCUCCUUUCAGUCAUCUGACACAACAAGAGUAAACAAGCUGUGACCGUAUUGACCAAGAGUUCUUUUUGACCUGCUGUCAAAUUUGUCUCCAAUUGUUAUUUCAAAACACAUUUGACCAAUAAAGCACAGCACACUUAUUUCACACAAUAUUUCAGCAAUAUGAAGUCAUAUUUGCCAGUAUCUGUUUUAAAUACCCAGCUGCACUGUGCAGUCAUGUCUAACCUUACCUUGGCAUUACUAUGGCUUUUGUGUGGAAAUAAGACUAUCAGCCUCAAGACUGCAUAUUAUGGUUUUUGGAGGUCAGCACUUUUGAUGAGGAUAUCCACCUUAUCAGUUGGCUAAUUUAAAGUCAGAUGAAUCUUGGUGUAGAGGUUUAUAUUUGUAUGUAUGUAACUAUAUUGUAUGUAACU